GUGCUUCAAAGCCAGAGUUGUUUUGUGAUUGUUUUGUUGUCUGCUGCCAUUUUAGUUUUGGGACAAGGAAUCACCAGAUUUGAUCUGCUCGGAGACUUUGGAAGGUUCAACUGGCUGGGGAACUUCUAUAUUGUAUUAUCUUACAACUUGCUCUUUGCCAUCAUGACAACGUUGUGUCUGGUCAGAAAGUUCACUUCUGCUGUGCGAGAAGAGCUCCUGAAGGCAUUAGGAUUGGAUAAACUUCAUCUAUCAAACAAUCCAAGAGACUCGGAGACAAAGCCGUCCGCGAAUGGCCAUCAGAAAACACUGUGA